AUGCUGCGAAAUCACCUGACCUGACGCGCCGUCAUCAUCGUUGUGUUUCUGUUUGAACAAGCGAACGACAACAUGGCUCCCAAUGAACUAAAUACAAGCCCGAUGCUGUGCUUUCUACUCCUGACGCUUUUCCAGACGGCGGAGGCAAUUGACGGUGGAGACGCCGUGGCUCUUCUGCUGGGCGCGACCGUGACGCUCGUGGGCUUCUGCGUCGUCCUCGGCUGGUACGCGCGUGGACGAAGCGGGCAGUUUUGAUGAUGGAGGCCUCUAUCUGAAAAUGAGCGCAAAGUGACUGUCACGCGGUUGUGCUAAAAACAACAACGCGGACUUAUUGGAAAUGCACGGAGAUGAUUGACCUACCUAUAUGAAAUAUUGUUUAAUAACUUACUUGAUAUUUCAUCUAUGUAUCUAUGUCACACGAGGCUUCCUGCCCCUGCCCAAAAAAUUUGGGUUGUCCACAGCAAUACCUUGUUGCAAACCAUGUUGCAUGGGAGCAAGACUACAAAGUAGUGCAGAUGUCUUUGACUAUGAACUUGGACUUUGCUAUAGAGAUGGACACUGGUGCUUUUGGUGUUGGUGUUUUCUCAUUUUUACAAUCUGCACGACAAUCUGCUGUUAGUUUCAACAUUGUACAGUACAGUGUAGUAAGGGAUAUUGUUGAAUGGCUAAUGCUUCCUCUGGCAAUUGCAUUAAAGUUAUAUAAUACGCUAUAUAUAAUAUAUAUGCUAAUGUGCUAGACAAAGGGAUGUGAUCAGCUCUAAACCAAUACUGCUCUCUUUGUUCAAUGUAAUAAACUUGCUUACUUUA